AUGGAUUCUCGUCCAUUGGACAUCACGGUGAUCUCCGCCAGUGGCCUGGAUAAUUUUUUAUUAGUCUUCAAGAUGAAAGUUUACGUCGUUGUCUCGUUGAUAAAUGGCAAAUCCGUCAUUGAAAAAAAGACCCAUAUGUCCAACGGCCGGAACCCUAGGUGGAACCACCGGAUUAAGUUCCCCGUCGAGGAGUCAGCCAUCCAGACCAGCACCCUCCUGUUUGUCCUCCGGCAACACCGCAUGCUUGGUGACAAAGACAUUGGCGAGGUGUCCAUCCCUGUCCGUGAACUCCUUGAGACAAACUCCGGCUAUGGAUCCACCGAACAUGAAGUCGACUAUCAGGUUCAGUCCACGAGAGGAAAAUGUAAAGGCACUACAUACAUGGUAAAUCAACAAGGGAUGCCUGCUUAUCCCCAGCAACCGUACUCAACAACUCCUCCAGGAUAUGUAAACUACCCAUGCGGCCCAGCGCCGCCCCAGUAUGGUGGCACGUGGUACCCACCACCGGGCACAACACCGCCAGGGACGUAUCCAUAUCCUCCUCCCCCACAGAUGGGUUAUAAUCAACAUUUGCAGCAAGGACCGUAA